GGUAGAUCUAGGCUUCUUUGGCACUCCUUGCGGAACAAGCAGCUUACCAGGCAUAUCCGCCAUUACGGCGUCAUCGACCAUCGCGACUUCUUCUUCAUUCAUCGCUUCACGCACGUCGUGCACACGUAUUACCAACACUGACUCAACUGGCUGGUUGUACCGGAUUGUCAACGUUUUACCGUGUUUCAAGUCUGAGGUGUAUCACUUGCUAUCACCAUGACAACUGUACCGACCAAGAUUGUGCUGAAAAGCACUACAAGAAUGUCACUGAAUGAUAGGUUCUCCAACAUCGCACCGACGGUUCAGAACAUCCGCGCCAACGUGGCGGCUGAGCACCAGGUCUCGGCGGCUAACCGUCGCCUGGCCCAGCAGCUGGCCAAUCGGCCCGGAGUGCAGACGACUGCGCCAGGACUCUACCAGCAGCCACCUCCAGGGGUGCGCCAGGGAGGAAACUUUCAGGGCAACAAGAUGCGGGGGAAGAGGAACCUCCAGCAGAGGUUGGGGCAGCCCAACAUCAAGAACCGCCUGACCCUGCCCGCCGGGGACCAGAACAGAGGCAGGGGCCGGGGCAGAGGACGGGGCGGCAACAUCAUCCAAACCCAGGGCCCAGGGGGAGACAACCAGUGGAACGUCAACAGAAGAGGAAGGGGCGGCUUCUCCCCUCGCGGUGUGCGAGGCAGAGGGGUUUUCCGCGGGCGCGGUGGGAUCCGCGGGCGUGGGCGUGGGACCUUCAACAGGUUUAACGAGGAGAGCUAUAGGGGACUGAACUCUGGUCGCCGCCGCGGCUCCCGAAGGGGGGCAGGCCCUCAACCGGACAGACUGACGGGACAGAGCACUGUCAUCCGGCGCGGAGGAGGAGGGGGAGGGGCCCCCGGCGGUGGUCGCGGGAUGAGCCGAGGGGCCAGGAGAGGAGGGCCCAGGGGCGGGCGCGGUGGACGGGGCCGCGGCAACAACAACAACAGCGGGGCGCCCGUCACGCAGCAUGACCUGGACAGUCAGCUGGACACGUACAUGGCCAAGACCAAGUCGGUGCUGGACACGGAGCUGGACGCUUACAUGUUGGAGGCUAGUAGCUAGAGCAAUGUGUGUGUGUGUGAGAGAGAGAGUGAGAGAGAGAGUGAGAGAGAGAGAGAGAGAUAAAGAGGAUGUAAUUAUGUGGGGUGCUUAUGUUGGAAGCCUGCAGCUAGAGCAGUGUGUGGGUUUGUGAGAGAGAGAGAGAGGAUGAAAUUAUGUGGGGUGCUUAUGUUGGAAGCCUGCAGCUAGAGCAAUGUGUGGGUUUGUGAGAGAGAGAGAGAGAGAGAGGAUGAAAUUAUGUGGGGUGCUUAUGUUGGAAGCCUGCAGCUAGAGCAGUGUGUGGGUUUGUGUGAGAGAGAGAGAGAGAGAAAGAGAGAGAGAGAGAGAGCAGUUAAAAGCUCAUAUGUGUGUGGGGUGGCUUUUCUUGUGUGUUUGAUGAUGAUGAGUACAGUACGUGGUUGAUGCUGAUGUUGUAUGUGAUAGAGAGUAUAUAGAGUGAUAGUAGAGUUUGGUAGCAACAUUCUCGCGCUUGUGUCGUAUAUUUUGUGUGUCUGAUGAUGAUGAUGAGUACAGUACGUGGUUGAUGCUGAUGUUGUAUGUGAUAGAGAGUAUAUAGAGUGAUUGUAGAGUUUGGUAGCGACAUUCUCGCGCAUGUGUCAUGGUAUGUUUUGUGUGUCUGAUGAUGAUGAUGAGUACAGUACAUGGUUGAUGCUGACAUUGUAUUGGAUAGAGAGUGACUAUUAUUAAUUGAGGUUUGCAGUCACAGGUACAUGUGUGUGUGUGUGAUAGUAGGUUUUGUGUGUCUGAUGAUGAGUACAGGACGUUGUUGAUGCUCACACUGUAUUGUGUAUAGAGUGACUGUUUGAGGUUAACAGCAAGAGUCUUGAGUAGUCCGGUAGAUAUUGGUUUACUCUGUGCUUUGCCAUAACAAACUUUUGUUGUACGCAUAUAAAAAAUAUAAAAUAAAUCUUUGUCUGGUGUAAGAUUCUUGAAAAGGCUUCAUGCAUGUGUGGAAGUGAGGACUAUUCCACGUUAACUGAAGGGACAGUAAAAAGGCCUCUUUUGUCCCGUCAGUUACUGAAACUAAACUUGUCACGGAAUUUGCAUAAAGUACAUUUUUUUCAAAUGACUGCAUUUAAUAUUAUUCUUAAUAUUAUGUCUUUCAAAUGACAUGUUCUGAUCAUUUAAUGUUGAAAUGAAUUAAUUGGUCAUUGAUAUUGAAUUAUUGUGUUAUCAUUGUAAGAAAUCUAUUUGUAUAGUCUAAUUGUCUCGUCAGAUACCGUGGAAUAGUCCAGAAGUCAUUUUGGAUGUGGGUGGGAAGUGGGUACAGAUAUUUGUGACAGUGUUUUGGCACUUUUGAUACGUAUUUUGCCUUUCCUGAUUACGUCAAGAUGUGGACAGUUUUGCCAUUUUCCAUGAAUUAGCAGGUAUGUCUGUACGGCUUUGAAGGGGUUGACAACUGUAGGAAACAAAAAAGUCUGAGAGUAUUUCGUCUGUGACAGUGUGCAUGUGUAAUAGUGCUGUGCUCAGAUUUCACCGUGUGACCCUGUGCUAACUGUGGAGGUGACCUGUAGUGAUAUUGCUUUAGAGAAUGAGUCAUUUGUAGAGAGGGCAUGGUUUAAUCGAGUGUUGUUUGUUUGGAAAUGUGUAAGAAUACUCACGCGGGAAAGCCCUCUUGUUUUUCUCUCUUUUUUUGUUUUGUUACUGAUGUCAACAUUAUAAAUCUGUCAUUUUAAGCAUUGGUGUCUUGUUGCUACUCUUUCGUAACACCUCUAUCAUCUUCGGCACUUAUGUUGCCUUAUUGUGUUGCAAGUGCCGCUAUACUCUUACCAUAACAAAGCACUGGUGUGUGUGGUGUAAUGGAUGGUACCUACACUCUUCACUUUAUGCUCCGAAGGCGUGGAUUGGAAUUGUUGUAGAUAUUUCAUUGAGAGAUGAGUUUGGUUUGCUUCUGGGGAGUGUUUUUUUUUUUUUUUUUUUUCAAUUUUCAAAAUCGAAUGUCUGUCUAUUUGUUGGGACUUUGGUGGGUGGGAGAAUCCUUUGCACUGAAUCAAUAUAAAUUGUUCAGAAGCAAGCUUAGAAAAGCUAUUUGAAUGAAGAACGCCUUUAUAGUUGUAAAAUAUUUUUCUUAUUGAAAUUACACGAGUUUACCAAAUUAAUUGAUGGUGUGUUGAGAUCUACUGUGCCAUCUGUAGCAUUAGUGGCAGCAUUAGUAGUGUUACAUCCCUUUGUUUGUCUGAGUCAAGCCGGCCAGGGCUGAUACAUUCUCACAUGUCUGAUGUCUGGGGUCCGGGGCUUGCGGCACUUUGGUCUGACAGCAAUCUCGGACGUGUCUUAGUCUGUCUCUGGCAAAAUGUGGCCAUUUUCCCAUCAGUUGUUGGUAUAGCAGAGCACAGUUCUGUUCAAAGACAGCUGUUUUUCUUCUUUUUAUUUUCCUCUCUUCAUUUUUUCGCUAUUUGUGUUUUGUUCAUGCUUUGACAUGUGAGCAGCCAGUUGUGUUUUGUCAUAGUUGUGUUGGGGUCAGUGAGAGGAAUCAGCCAACUGCAGAGAUCUGUAGACAGGAUAGGCGUGUCAGAUCUGUCAGUGAUGAGUGUGUUAUCAAGACACAUGUGUCAUCUCUGUCAGUGACGAGUGUGUUAUCAAGACACAUGUGUCAUCUCUGUCAGUGAUGAGUGUGUUAUCAAGACACAUGUGUCAUCUCUGUCAGUGAUGAGUGUGUCAUCUCUGUCAGUGAUGAGUUUGUUAUCAAGACACAUGUGUCAUCUCUGUCAGUGAUGAGUUUGCUAUCAAGACACACGUGUCAUCUCUGUGAUGAGUGUGUUAUCAAGAGACAGAUGUGUCGUCUUUGUGUGGCGGGUGCCUGGUGUAUGCUUUGCUUUACUUUCCUUUGUUCUUUUCAGUGAUUUUUCUGUUACUUGUACCGUAAUGAAAAUUGUUGUUGCUGUGGCAAGAGAAUAGCGCUGUAAAUGUAGUAGUUUCAUUAAAUUAUCAGCCAUGAAAGCAAUGCCAAAGUUGAUCAUUAUUAAAUCGUUCAAGGAUUUUUUUCCUCGGUAAGGUGCGGUGGAGGUUUUUGAAUGUAACAGGUUGCCACACUGUAUGUCUCUCUACCUGAGGGGCUGUGGUGGUCACUUGGAAUGAAGCAGCUGGUGGAGGAAGUGAUUGUGAUGAAAUGUGAACUGUCUGUUGAAGAAGGUGCAGGACUUGAAGUUUUAGUAAGCAUUUUAACUUUAAUUGACAAUUUGUGUAGACUGUGUGUCUGUAAUCUGUAAAGUGAUGUGUGCUUGUGAGUCUGAGAGAGAGGGAGAGAGAGAAGUUGUGCAUGAGAGAUAUGGAGAAAAAGAAAUUGAGAUAGAGAGAGGUCAAGGUGGGUUGAGAGAGAGAGAGAGAGAGAGAUAAGAGUUGUAGAUUCAAGCACCUGUACAUGCCCAUCAAUGUACUAAUGAUUUUGACCAGGACGUCUCCACCAUUUUUGUAUCAUUUGGUUUCUGGAUUGCUUUAUUUGUUAGUUUUUAAAACAUUUCUUUUUGUUGCUACUUUUAUUUAUUUGUAAUGUUUCUUGCGCUUGUGAACAACCUUUUUAACAAUAAAUUUUGUCUUAUUGAAAUC